GUGCAAUUUUACCAGAACCUAUGGAUCAAUGUGCGACAGAAAAGACCUCAAUUCAUACACUUCUCAACUUUGCCUCAAAUAUUGUAAAAGUGCAGGAAGCUAUCUACAAUAAAAGUGAAACAUUGAAGGAGGAUAUCAGUAAAAUGAACAUGAAAAUGACAGCAAUGCUAGACUCACUUCAAAGUUGUCAAUGUUGCAGUAAAGACACAUGUAAUACGUCAUAUCCACAAGACUGUCAAGACCUCUUGCUACAAGCCAUACAGAAAGUAAGGUGUACACAAUUUCUCCAAACAACGGGUCUAGAUUUGACGUUUUCUGUGAUCAGGAGACAGAUGGUGGGGUUGGACGGUAAUUCAAAGGAGACAGGAUGGAUCCGAGGAUUUCUUCAGAACCUGGAAUGAGUACAAGAACGGGUUUGGAAACUUAUCAAAUGAAUUUU